CGGGGCGAAUUCUCGUGAAUUCCUUCGGAUCCGCUUAUCUUUCGCGGGGCGGUGCACGCGCCAGCCGGGGCGCCGCGUCGCGCUCACCGUUGAGAACGCGUAUCGCCAAACGGGUUGAAGAUGUUCGAUUUCGACCAGACUAAAACGAUUGUGAUACAAUAUUUAACUUGCCUAUGUUUUAAAAGAUUUGCGGGAGUGAUAGAGAGGGAGAGAGUCAGGGAGAGAGCAAGAGGGAGAGUGUGCGCUUGUGGUGCGAGUGCGUGCGUGCGUGUGAGAAUGAACGUGUGAGAGCGAGUGAGAGAGGGCUGGGGAGGGGGGAAGGGGGAAGAGAUAUGUUGCUUCCCCAAAGGGAACGCGUUCACACGACCAUGAGAAGAAUGCCUGUAAAUAAUGUAAAGUCGUUCACUCUAAACAAAGAAGAGCAGGAAGAAGACGAAGAAGAAGAAGAAGAAGAAGAAGAAGAAGAAGAAGAAGAAGAAGAAGAGGAAGAAGAGGAGAGGAGGAGGAGGAGGAAGAGGCAGAAGAAGCAGACGACGAAGAUGAAGGAGCAGCAGCAGCAGCAGCAGCAGCAGCAGCAGGAGGAGGAGGUCGUGGACGAGGGAAGCGACGGAGAAAGGUGAAGUAUGCGAGUGCGUGCGAAUGAGGCUGAGCGUGAAUGACGCGGGAGAAAGAGAAGCGUGCGCGACUGAGUGAGCGAGUGAGUAGCGCGAGAGAGCGCGAGAGAAUCUCCAUGGGGGACCGGGGACGGGUCGGGUGGGGUGGGGCUGGGGGGCUGGGGGCUGAGAGGUAGACGACGAGAUACGGGAAAGAGAGGAAAGGUACGAGAAAUUAUAGAUAGGAUUUACGAGGACGACGUAUCCUCCCCGCCUGCGCCGAGCCAUAGCUUUUCGGGUAGAUUCGCGUCAAGUACGACCGCGUGUAACCGCGCGCGCGAGCACAGAAGAGCGCGAGCAGGGGAGGGAGACGCGCGACUCUUGUAUACUAUAGUAAUAUUUGAAUGUAUAUUUAUACGACAGGUUAUAUUAUUCUAAUUAUAUGACGAUAUUUUGAAUCGGUUUUAAAAAUCAGAUUGGUGCUGAUAAAAAAAAAUACACUAGGUAAGGGCGUACGAAAAAAAAAAAAAAGUGGAGGGAACGUGGAAGAAGGCUGAGACACCGUAGAAGUUAGCGUUUAACGGUAACAAGAAAAAAAAUACCGUAGGGUAUAGCCGAUAGCAUAGCUCAAAGUAAAGAAAAGACUUCGAAGGGCCCCGCUCUGGGGGGGGGGGCUGGGGGAGGGGGCCCGCUCGCAUCUUUCGGAGAAUUAUCAUCAUCACCUUUUCGAAAGUGGUGAGGAGAAACGAAAGCGGGAAGGAGGGAAAGUGAAGAGGGGCGGAGGGGGGGGGAAGGAGGGAAAAGACAGAGAGGAGACGCAGGAGACACUUUGUUGCAAUACUUAAACGAGGGGAGGAAAAGCACGAGGAGGUGCGGAGAG